GAGCACUGGACCAUAAUAAUCAACCCAGAGACAGGAGGUACUAGUCAUGGCUGGAUCUGACUCACCAGACCUGGUGACUCUAUUCCAUCAGGAGCCCAGUGGAAUCACUUACCGCAUUCCAGCACUUAUCUAUGUACCGGAGCCCCACACUUUCCUGGCUUUCUCAGAGAAACGGUCCUCGCCUAGUGACCAGGAUGCCUUGUGCAUUGUAAUGCGAAGGGGGGUGAAGACCUAUGAGGCUAUUCAUUGGGAGGACAUUACUUCAGUGGCAUCUGCCAAGUUACCAGGUCAUCGAACCAUGAACCCUUGCCCUGUGUAUGAUGCGUGGAGUGGGACAGUAUUCCUCUUUUUCAUCUGUGUUCGCACAAAUAGUUCUGAAAUGAGACAGAUCUUCACUGGCAGGAAUGCGGCCAGACUUUGCUUCGUAACAAGUAGUGAUUAUGGUAAAACUUGGAGCACGUUGCAUGAUCUUACUGAGGAAGUUGUAGGAAAUGAGCUCAAGGACUGUGCCACACUAGCAGUGGGUCCUGGGCACGGCAUUCAAUCAACAUCUGGAAGGUUGAUAGUACCUGCUUACCUCUAUUACAUACACUCCCGCUUCUGCUGCCUUCCCAUUCCUUGGAAAACAAAACCUCAUUCUUUUAUUUUCUACAGUAACGACCAUGGUAAGAGCUGGCACAAAGGAAGUAUCCUCUGGAAACAGAAGACAGGAGAGUGUGAGGUGGCAGAAGUGGCCCGCAACAACGGUACAAACCUCCUGUACUGCAGUGCAAGAACGAGGGAGCAUUACCGUGUGGAAGCUAUCAGUAACAGUCAAGAAAUGGAAUUUGGUGACUCUCAUAUUUGCAAGAGUCUGUGUGAACCUCCUACAGGCUGCCAGGGGAGUGUGGUGGCCUUCGAACCCCCAAAGGAUAGCAGUGCCAACGAAGAACAUGAGAAGAGCACAACGUCUUGGCUUCUGUAUUCCCACCCAACCAGCAGGAAGAAGAGAGUGAACUUGGGAGUCUACUUAAACAAAUCUACACUUGUACCUUCAGUCUGGACCCAACCCUGGAUCAUUAACAAAGGGCCAAGCGGAUACUCAGACUUAGUAGUAUGCCAAGAUUCACAUAUUUUUGGGUGCCUAUAUGAGUGUGGCUUGAAUGCAUGUGAGAAAAUCAACUUCAUGAAGUUUACAAUGGAAGAACUACUUAAGAAUAUAUCAACCUUGUAAAGGUGCAGUCUACUCCUUCCUAGACAACCUGGCAAGCUUAUUUGUCUUCAUAGAUGAAUGGCAACAUAUUGACAUAAUAGACAAAGCUAGUUUCACCACUAGACUGCUUUCCCAGCAUGUUUUGCAGGAUAGGACUAGUGGGUUGAGUUGUACUUGUGGAUACAAAGAAUCUACAUGCACAUGCAAUAUUGCUUUCUUUAGAGGGAAGGACUGGAUUUGGCGAGCUUUACAGCGCUAUGUAGCACUUUAUCGGCACAUCAUUGUAACUUAUUACAUAGUCUAACUGGGUAAAACUCAUUAAUUCAAGUGCGAUGUAUGGGGAAGUGAAUUCUGAGUUAAAUUCAGAUUUUAUGAUGAAAACGGUGUAUUGCAAGCAUAGGUGGCUUGGAAAAUCUUUCCAUGUAAUCUGUUUUAGUCUAACAGUUAAACACAUUUUUAAUUCUCAUUCACACUUUAGUGAAGGACAUUAUUUUUUUUUUUUUUUAUUAAGUUGUAACGUAUCCCCUAUACUCCAACUCAGUAUAUCGGCUGUAGUUCUCCCAAAUCCCAAGUGAAGCUGUGAUUAAAGUUCUGAGCUACCCAAACAUCAGCCAAGACUUGAUGAAGGGUACAAGAAGACUGGUUUAUUGUGGCCAGCUUAUAUACACAGACCCCCAGCCGGGGGUCUCCCAGCAGUAACAGAGUGAACCACUCCCACAACACGCCCAGGAGUCUCUGUGCUUGGGAGAUAAUUUAGUGUACUUUGCUUAAAUUAAUUAUCUCCCAGGCACAAGAGUUACAAAAUAUUAAACAUAAACUAUUAAAAAUACAUACAACACAUAUAGGAACCCCCACAAAUAUUAUAUACCCAGAUAGCCUGGAGUUGUCUAAAUAGCGCUCAGUUCCCACGAACACAGCCGAAUCGCCACUGGGGUAACAUUUUGUCCGACCGCACACGUGGCGUCUGCCUAAAUUAGUUCCAGAGAAAUAGUGGUAGCGGUCGGUCACUUUCGGGAGUUCCAUACGAACAAACUGUCGAACACUUCCCCAGGCUCAUAGCUAGCGAUUGUUUGCCUUGUUUGUGCGAACAAUCCUACCGAACAGGGCUCUCCUGGCUUGUCACGGAAAGAAGCAGUCGUUCGUGUGAUUUUUACCGGUGUUCGCGAGGUCAAGUGUCCGACUUAUAGUUCCAGACACUCAACGACCAAGUUUACCGCUGCCUGCGUUCAUGCGACAAAAUGGCCACCGUUUUCUCAAGCGCGUGUUGUUCCGUUAUGCGAACGGCGGCCACACAUGGAGAGCACUUAAGUCUGUGGUUUCUUUGUAGUUGGUAGUUUGGUAGAUUGUAACUGCCAAACUGGGGAAAUGUAUUUGUGUUCAGGAAACUAUAUACCAUGAACUAGGAGGGAAAUGUCUUACAAACAGAAGGGAAAAUAGUGAGUUGGUCACAAUGUAUAUGGCCCAUAGUUGGUGGGCAGGAGGCCAGCUUCCACACUUCUACAGAAGUUUGUGGCAAACGUCCAGGGUAAGGAGCGUUUGUCACAUAUUAAGUUAUUUAGAUGAGAGUCAAUUCACUUUUGUUUUGGGGGAGGGGGAGAGCAGGGCCAGACUCUCAUGGUGGAGAGAGGGUGAGCUAGCUCCUCUACUAUCUUGAUUAAAAAUCAUUCCUGUGGCCUCACUUGGCUCGCCAAAAUACAGCAAGAGUAGGAUUUGCUUACAAGUGUAUAUUAGAAAUUCUGUAAAUGCCGAGUUAAAAGUCACUUUCCAAAAUAAGAAAAAAAGACUUUUAAUUGGGCAAAUAUAUAGCCAUACAUUUUUUCAGUGUGGAGACUGUCAUAAACACUACCUGAAAUCCAAAAUGAGAAUAGUUCAGUUCCUUAAAAAAAAAUAUUAUGAAAUCUCCCCUUGUAACAUAAUAAAUACACUGAUAUUACUGGUAAAAUGUAGGACAAAGAACAGUAUACAGAGCAGAACAUUACCUCGUGCCUGACGUAUUUCGCAUGUUACUAGCAACCAGCAUUCUACAAAAUAUUGGUUAAUUUUGCUGACAAUAAAAUUCCCUAUUGUGUUUGAGCCCCAUCUAUUAAAUCUAAUACUGCACUUAGAAUGGGACUAGCACAGUUAUUAAAAAGGCUAUCAAAUAUUUUUCAACAUGCAAAAGAUGUAUCUCAAGUACGAAACUAUUUUCUAAACUUAAGUCACGUGUAAGCUAACUAGAUUUUAGAUUUUAAAAAAUAAAGUUCGUUUUUGGGGAUUUUUAAUAUAAAUUAUUGAUGUAAAACUAUAACAGGCUUAUUCACUAAAGUGAGUAUUUAACGUGAAUUCUCAGUGAAUUUUAGACCAAGGUAGCCAAACUGGAAGAAUUAGCUGACUUAGAACAUGCUGUCAAAAAUGUCAUCUAACACUCAUUUCCAUCUAAUGAAGGUUAUUUAGCUACAGUCUUACCACCAUGGUCUACAGGCUGACUUUAAACUACAGCGGAAACCACGAAGAGGUGCUUUACACAAGCUUUUGAACUUGGUAUUUUUAAAUGUUUUAAAUUAACAAUGCCCACCCAGCAAUUACACAUUUUUUUUCUACUAUUUAGUCUCUUUAAUUAUGCUUUUUAUUGUACAAUACAUUAUGAAGUG